AUUUCGAAUCGAUGAUUCCACGUGUCGCGUGUGUUGGUUUCUAAACAUUUCAACAAAGAAAAGUGGAAGGUGCAGUAAAAUUAAUAUUAAUGUGAAAACGUCAACAAAUGAUAAUUUUCGAUAAUGAGUGUUCUAUGCGAACGACGUGAGAAAUGUGAGAACAAGUUGCAGCCUCGCAAUUAUAUCUUUCCUCGAGCAAUAAAACCAAGAAGAUUAUAUUAGAAUUAUCAAAAUGGGAAGAAAGUAUAUAAUACUGAUAAAUCGGAUAUUACGAGCAAUGAACAUCCACAAAGAACUUUCUGAGAGAUCGAUUGUCGUCAAAUCAGUUUGGAUAUACGUUCCAGGACAAAAGAUUUCUUAAAAUUAUCAAAAAGAAAUAAUGACAGAAACAAAGAAAGAGGGUGAAGUACCCGACCUGACCGAGGCGAUCCUAAGAGGGGUACAACUAUAUUAUACUCCGAUAUUAGUAUAUUUGGGUUCACUUGGAAACUGUCUUUCCGUAUGUGUGUUCUUCGGUACGAAGUUACGUCGAUCCUCAUCAAGUAUAUAUUUAGGAGCAUUGGCUAUAAGCGACACUGGAUUUUUAAUAUCAGUUUUUGUGGUAUGGUUGAAUAUGGUGAAUAUUGGUAUUUUUAAUGAGCAAGGAUUCUGUCAGUUCUUCAUCUACCUGACAACACUUUGUAGUUUUUUAAGUGUUUGGUUUGUGGUGGCCUUUACCGUCGAAAGAUUCGUCGCUGUUCAAUAUCCUUUUCAUCGUCAAUCAAUGUGUACAGUGGCUAGAGCAAAAACAGUAGUCAUCGGAUUGACAAUUCUCGGUAUUAUGACGUGUAGCCCGACUUUAUGGUUUUCGAGUCCUCGUUUAAAAACGUGGGAUAAAGAAAAUGUGACGGAGUGUCUCGUCGCUGAAGGUUGGGAAGCCUCAGCGACUAUUUUCAAUUCGAUCGACGCGAUACUAACUUUCGUAGUACCUUUUACCGUAAUCGUCGUAUUGAAUAUACUCAUCGCACGUGCUAUAUACAGACUCGCCAAAGUAAGAAGAACACUGACCACCGAAACGAGAGCUCCGCAGGAUCAAAUGUCCUGCUCUCAAAAUCCACGAAAUAUCUUCGCUCAAAGUAAAAUCACCAAAAUGCUCCUCAUCGUAUCCACAGUUUUUCUUUGUCUCAAUCUGCCUGCCUACGCUAUUAGAGUCCAUGCCUUUCUAUACGCGGACAACAAUCCACCGCGAUCGAUAGAAUUGGCGCAACAAGUGUGCAACUUGUUUUUUAACACCAAUUUUGGAAUAAAUUUCAUUCUUUAUUGUACCACCGGACAAAACUUUCGCAGUGCAAUGAUUCGUAUGUUUUUACGGCGAUCGCAACGAAAAAGUGACGCUGCCGGACGCAAUUCAAAUCAUGGAAAUAUUGUUUCAGAAUUACCUCGCAAUAGUACUUUAACGAGUCGUCAAAAAGCACCUGUAUUUAACAAAUCGUGGCAAAAUAAUCACGAAUUGCAAAUAUUUUCUGAAGAAUUUAAAGAAGACGUGGAAAAGAAUAAGGAGUGAAACACAUAAUUAAGAAAAGAAAAAAGAAAGAUGUACGUACC